AAUCUGUCAAAUAAAAAUGUAGUAAAAAACCUCAAAAGACCGAAGGUCUACAUUUAUAAAUCUGCUGAUGGUAGUUCUAUGAGUUAAUGUUAGCGAGUAUGUGGCACAGCAUGUGUUUGUACAGAUUUAGACACGUUUUUACCACUAUUUGGUAGAAAAAAGGCUACUAAAAGCCAGUCAGGUUCAAAUGUAGCUGUCCUUCAUACCUUUAAUAACAAUGUGCUAAAAUUUUGUUUCAUAUAUCUUAAAAAACGUAUACUUUUCAGUAUACUAGUUUAUAUCAGUAUAUUGAUUUAAUGUUAGGAUUCUAUCAUACAGUUCAUUACAUUUCAUCGUUUCCCACAGUGUAUUAUAAGCCCUGAGGCCAUCAUUCUUUAUUUGUUGCCCCACCAGGCUAAGCAUUGUUUAUUUAUUUAAGUCUUUGUAAAACGUUUGCAUUUUCUAUGACUUUAUAGUUAUUGUUCAUGUAUUAAUCUUCCAAUCUUUCAAUAACACAUAAUUCUCAAAAUGUAAUUUCAAAUUUCCCGUCAACUUUUAACAUUUUUUAUCUCAGAAACAUGACCAGCUACAGGAUGACUGACUGUCAUAAAACUCAACCACCGGGCUUACCAUGUUUUCUGGGGGAUACCCUGCAAGCACAAUGCAUGCUAAUAUUUAUUUAUCACAUACCAGAAAAAACAGCUACCUUCUGUUUAUUCAUAGUCAUGGUUGUAUUUUCUGUCUUUGUUUUAGGUUCAAUGUCAAGAAGAGAGAGAACACAUAUCCCGGAGGAAGCGAAGGUCUUCCUCCAGAAAGCCUAUAAAGAAGGGAUGACCAGGGUGGGAUCUCCACUGGUUGGAGCGGCAUCCCAGGCCACUGGCUUGCCACCGUUUGUCAUUGAUAACUGGAUUGGAAACUAUAGAAGAAAAAAACCAUCUUCUUCUCAACCUAAAAACAAGAAGUUAUACACCAAGGACCUGUCUGGUUACAACCUGUUCUGCAGGGAUCAGUUAAAGAACAAGGGAAGCCUGAAAGAUAUUACGCAGAAAUGGUCCACUUUGGCAGAAGAGCAGAAGAGGCAAUAUGUGGAGGAGGCAGCAGCUCUAAAAGUUCAGCGCACUUCAGAUGACAUGAGCCCAGAUAUGCGAUGCCUGAAAUUGAAGAAGCACCUAAAGCAGAUGAAAAUAGAGGUUGCCAGUCUUGAGAAGCUUGGUGUAGAGACUGGUGUAAUGAUGUAUGACCAUCAAAAGCCUUUCUUAGAAGUCCUAGAAGUGAGCAGCAAAGGUGCUUCUUCGUUCUUCGACAGUACCGACGUACUGGACAACUUUGCACUGCAUUUCAAAGGAAAAUCAUCAUCUACUUCUGCUGCAAAAGAACCGGUUGAUCAAAUGGUUAAGAAAGUGCAGGGGCUCUUCAACAGGAAAUACAAUGAAGCGGGAGGCAGAGGAAGGCUCCCGUACAUCUCCAUUCAAAAUGAAAGCAUAAUUAUCAACGCUUUUGGUCUACCUGAUGGCAUCACUCUCAAAAAACCAUGCCACUAUGGACGUAAACAGUUAGAAGUCAUUUUAAAUAAUGCGGCGAACAUUUCCUUUAAAAUUAAUGAAAAGACUGUUGAAGAAUCAGUUGUAACAUCUGACACUGGAGUGGUGAUAACUGCAAAUGACCCCGGGAGGACAAUUAGGACACCAACUGUGGAAGACAUUUUGAAUGGAAUGUGUGCAAAUGAUGAGCGGAGCGUAACAGAGCCUAUGGGUUUGACGGAAGUGCUGUCAAGAGAACCGACUACACAUGAUACUACGGAUGUUUGCAACAUCUGCCACUGUCUGUUCAGUGAUGAUAAAAAAAAUGCCAAGAAGAAGUGGCGUGAGUGGCGACGUUGCAACACAUGUGAGCAGUGGUCACACCUGGCAUGUGGAUUCAAGAAAAACUUGUGUCGUCAUUGUCAGACCCCCUAGAAGUUGAGCCUUGUUAUGUCUUUCAAUGUUAGCAUUUCCUGUAGUUUGUCUUAAACAAUUGAUAAAUGUGCAAUGUUCAAUAAAAGCUUUUGUAUUGAAAA